AUGGGUUUCGGCGAUUUUACAGGCCUUUGCCACACGGCGCCGCUGCCUCUGUGCCUGUCUGUUGGGCCCAUCGCGUCAAUAUCGUCCGGCGUGGGCAUUGAGCCAACCUGCUUUGCCAGAAAUAUUGAGGUAGCGAAUACAAUAAUUUUUCAAGGAGCAGCCAGCGCCAUGCAUAUUCUCGCCCUUCUGAUGACUGUGGCGAUGAUACUUCACGUCCGUGGGAAGUUUACUGCCGUCGGCCGAAAGGAGAUCACAUCAUUUUUCUACAUAUACAUGCUUCUCACAUUUACAUCUCUCUGUGUUGAUGCUGGCGUUGUCCCCCCUGGCUCAAGUCCAUAUCCUUAUUUUGUUUCCAUACAGAAUGGUUUCUCUUCUGCCCUUGUUACAUGUCUCCUGAUCAACGGGUUUGUGGGCUUCCAAUUAUACGAAGACGGCACGCCGCUUUCGCUCUGGAUGAUGCGCCUGUGUUCCGUUGCCGCUUUCAUUAUCUCUUUUCUCGUCUCUCUAGCAACUUUUAAGUCAUGGGCUGGACUUGGGCCCACAAACACCGUCGGCCUUUUCGUUGUGCUGUACUUGCUUAAUGCCAUACAACUGUUUGUGUACGUGGUACUGCAGAUUUUGUUAAUAGCCCGCACAUUGCAAGAUCGGUGGCCUCUCGGUAAUAUCGCUUUUGGCCUCUUUUUCUUUAUUGCCGGCCAAAUACUUCUGUAUGCGUUUAGUUCGCGGAUCUGUGUAGCCAUUGGCCAUUAUCUCGACGGUCUCUUUUUCGCUACAGUCUGCAAUCUCUUGGCAGUAAUGAUGGUCUACAAGUACUGGGACUCGAUUACGAAAGAAGAUCUGGAAUUUUCUGUAGGCACCCGGAUGAACAACUGGGAGGUCAAAGAGCUCCUGCCAGAAGAGGACCGGCGAGGCACAAUCCAUACAGAAGACCCGUACGGGCAAUCAAGCUCUUUUGAUCAUCCUUAUUCGCCAGCGGCGAAUCGGUACUCGAGAUACUAG